CUGUCGAUUUGAUUGGCAAACUAACACAAUCAUGUUUGUUCUCUUUGGCUGUUGAAGUGUUUCUGAUUCUGAUGCCUAGAACUGUUAGCAACAUAACCCCCGGUGAUUAUGGACAUUGGGCUCUUGCUGUUACAUGUAUACAUGUACUGGAGAGUUGAGGUGCAGCUGUUUGCUGUGAGGAAUCAUUUGUUUGAUCAAUUUCACGAUGGCUAUCAUAGUUGAAGCAUUCCAUGGAGGCUCCCAUAAGCAACUGGUAGACCUCCUCUGUAACUCUCAUAAGUUCUGCAAAGUCUAUACGGCACCUGCCAGGAAGUUUCCUUGGCGAUUGCGAACCUCGGCACUGUAUUUUGCCAAUGUCAUCGAGUCCCACCCGGAUUGCAAAGUUCUCUUUGCCACUAGCACUCUCAACCUGGCGGAGCUGUGUGGUCUACGUCCGGAUCUAGGCAGGAUGACCAAGGUGCUGUACUUUCAUGAAAACCAGCUAGUGUACCCUGUUCAGAAGACCAGUGACCUGGAUUUUCAGCUGGGCUAUGCGCAGAUUACUUCCAGCCUGGUUGCUGACCUGGUUGUGUUUAACUCACGGUUUAACCGGGACUCAUUCCUGGAUAAUGUUGAGCCACACUUGAAGCUCAUGCCCGACAUGCAGGUCAAAGGUGUCCGCAAGAUGAUCGAGAGCAAGUGCCACGUCCUCUACUACCCACUGCAACUGGAGAAACUGUCAUUGGCAGCGGCUGAGUUCCGGAGCGACAGUACUGGUGCAUCUGCUGCUACUGGCGCCGAGAGUGAGGUGGCAGGUGCUACUGCCGGCAGCAAGUGUCUGGUGACCAGUGACGCGUGUACUGAGCAGAUGGGAAAGCCUGCCUCUACACUGCCCACUGCUGAUACAGCAGCAGCACCACCAUCACUGCCCACUGCUGAUACAGCAGCAGCACCACCAUCACUGCCACCGCCGGACCAUCAGGUUACCUCCAGUGAGGCGCCGGAGUCAUCUUCAAUCACGACAAUGUCAGAAUGUAGUUCAGAUGUUUCCCAGUCUAAUGCUGCAUCCAAGUACAGGCCACUGCAUAUUAUCUGGCCGCAUAGAUGGGAACAUGACAAAAACCCGGAAGUUCUCUUUGCUGCACUGAAAGUGCUGGUCACAGAAGGCCAAAAAUUCUGUGUGUCUAUCAUCGGCGAGGCCUACCAUGAGGUGCCAGAUGUGUUCAUGUCAUCGCGAGAAUGGCUAAAACCUCACAUUGUUCACUGGGGCUACCUGAAGAGCCGUUCCGAAUAUCUGCGAGCCCUGCAAUCGGCUGAUGUAGUCGUUUCAACAGCCAUGCAUGAGUUUUUCGGAGUAGCCAUGCUGGAAGCUGUGCACAGUGGUUGUUACCCACUGUGUCCCAAUCGCCUUGUCUAUCCAGAGAUUUUCCCCAAAGAAUGCCUGUACUCCACGGACAAUCAGCUGACGAAGAAGCUGCGCACAUUCUGUCGUUUCCCCCACUUGGCCAAGGUAUCUCUAGAGAUCGACUUGGAGCGCUUUGACUGGGACAAGACGCUGAAGCAGGCGUACACCGACCUACUCAGCGGCAAAGAACCAUCUUGGAGUGUACCAGGCUGAGUGCAAACCCGGACAUGCAUUUACUGUGUAUCUACUUUGAAGUAUGCACAUGCACAUUGAAAGCGUCAAACACAACCUGGACUGUAUUGGCUCCGACUUGGUGCUCAACUCGAUGGAACCUCUAUGGUGGAUGACUGGGCUAUGGGCCAACUGUGCAGAUUCUGGGGCAUUAGUGCAACUGAACGCAACAGAAAGCAAAACUCCGUACAUACGUGGCUAGCAUGGUCCCACCAACACCUGUGUUCUCAUUCAAGUUCUGACUGUGCUCCUGAAAGCCUAGGAUGUCAAUUCAAGCAACAGCAAUUUUAAAGAUGCUUGGUAUCUUUGGCCUGGCAAGUUUCAACCAAGCUAGUGAUUUCACCCAGCACAACGGGACACAGGCUCUACCGUACCUGUUUGCUCCGAGCAUUUCCACGUGACCAUCAACAUUCAUCAGUACUCCUGCAUGUCAGCGUGAAACCAGAGGUAGAUAUGCAAAACUUUGCCCUUCAUGGUUGUUGGCCCUGGUCAGUGUAUGGUGGAUUUCAUCAUAGCUGGCUGCUCAUGAAACUUAUAGUGAUAGGCAGUGGCGUAGUGCGUACUGUACAACCGAGCUGGGCUUGUGCAGCAGUGGACUUUAUUGUGCUUGUAUGCACAGCAGCACUAAAACGAUGUAAUCCAGGAAUUUUGCCAUGCCAGCAAGUUUCGAGUUGCGUACUAUGGCUUUCGUGUACUCUUGGCGACUCACGGUUGCGUGAGGUCAUUUGGAUGUUUGUAUUGUUCCUGUGCCUGAGCCAUGUUUAUUUAUUUCCUAAGCAUCAUUGUUGCAACACUCGCCCAGCACCAUAGGCCAUUAGUACCUGUGCAGUGCUAACAUAGGCAGUCGCUUUCAUUAUUUUCAUAGCAUUCAAGAUCUUAGAAGUUAGAACAAAACGAAAUACCCUGUGAUUGAGCAAAUAAAAACAUAAAGAGCAACUGAUUGGAGCGCUUUGAGUAGCGCUUUGAGUAGCGCUUACACAAAUGUACCCGGGUUGGUAAUUCUUUUCUGAAGCCAACUGCAAAUUUUCUCAUGAAAAAAUCAAUGGUUCGCUCUGUGAUGGCCAGUGCGUUACCUAAAACAGAUAAGUUCAAGUUUCUUUGAGAGCGCUAUGUGUCAUCGGAGUUGAUGUGUGCAAAGUGUUUUGUAAAACUGUUCUCCAGUCUGUGUACAGUUCCCUGGAAGUUAAAACCGGUCGGGUAAUCCUCGUCUGGAUUGGCUUGGUCAUCGUAGACAAAGUGCUUUCCGAAUUCGAUCGCCAGUGAUGACUUCACCAGUCCAAUGCCGCCGAGUUUCUCUGGCGCCUCGUGAUAGAUGCGCCCGGUGCCUGGCAGCAUGAACAAAGACUGUGGCUGGAAUGGAAUACUAAGGAUCUGAUGCAGAUCACCACCAUACCAUAACUUGUACACCUCGUCAUCGCCACCAUCAGUACUGCUCCGAUGCUGCUGCUGCUGCUGCUCUGUACCUUGUGUUGCACUUGAUGAUAACUGCACUGGUUGUUCACCAGUGGUCAUUGCUGAUUGUGGAUCAUUCCAGUCAACAGGUACAGUGCCACGCGACAGCUGGGAAAAGACCACUGGCAGAUCAUCACAGCAUACGUAGUUUAUCUCUGGACCGCAUGGUGAGUAGAACGGAAACUCGUCCCGGUAGCGGCUUGUGUCGUUUGCCUUCAGGCGCCGAAAGAAGAAUCUGAGAAAGGCCCUGUCUGGACGGAGAAAAAGAGAGGGAGGGAGAGAGAGAGAGAGAGAGAGAGAGAGAGAGAGAGAGAGAGAGAGAGAGAGAGAGAGAGAGA